UAACACGUUUUUUUUGUCAUCUCUAUAUGUUUUUGGUUGUUGAAGAAAAGGCUGUCCUGCACCUUCCUAUGGGCAGUCAGUUAUUUCUGUAAGAAACCGAAGCAGUUGUGUUCUCUUUAGAUACUCUUAAUCAUGGUCGAUGAUAUUAUCAGUAGUUUUCCAGACGAAAUCCUUUGUCACAUCCUAUCUUUUCUUCCGACCAAACAUGUUGUCGCAACGAGUGUUCUCUCCAAGCGCUGGAAAUUUCUAUGGCGCUCGCUUCCCUUUUUCGAUUUCCACUAUGACGGAGACCUCUUUGAUUAUGACAGAAACAACGAGAAUUACUCUCAUUUUCUUCACUCCGUGGACUCUUUUUUGCUUUCGCGUGAUAAAGAUCAACCCCUCCAUAGAUUUCGCCUCAGAUCUGACUCUACCUACGGUCAUCCUGUAAGUAUCCAGAGAUGGAUUACGGCUGCAGUCAGUAGAAGCGUUCGACACCUCGACCUCUAUUUGGAUUGGGGCUUUGUCUUGCCAUCUGUGGUGUUUAGCUGCAAAACUCUUGUAGUUCUCAAGUUGACUUUCAUCCAAGUGGAAAAUACUUUCUCCGUUGACUUGCCUUUGCUUAAGAUCUUGCAUUUGGAUAAUAUUUCUUCUCCCGAAGGUCUUGAUCUUUCACAGCUUCUUUCUGGGUGUCCUAAUCUUGAGGACUUGGAAGUCAAAGGUUUCAUUUCUACGACUAAAGGGAAGGUUAUCAGAUUGCCCAAGUUGAUUAGAGCCAGCAUCCAUGAAGAUUUACUUCCAUUGGAAGUUGUUAAGGAUGUUGAAGUUUUGUUCUUGGAUUCGAAAUAUCAACAAAUCCUGGAUUUUGACUUUCAGAAUUUAGUUCGACUUGAAUUGAUUUUGCAGCAUAGCAAGGAUUGGCUUGGGGUAUUGGAAGUGCUCGAGCAUUGUCCCAAACUUCAAACUCUUCUCAUUUGCAUUUAUAAGAGCAGUUUUGAUACAUUUUUGGCAGGCCAUGAAGAAGUAGUUUGGUCAUAUCCACAAUCUGUUCCUGUUUGUAUUUCAUCACACCUUAAAACCUGUUCUCUUAAAUAUUACAGUGGUUCUAUAGAUGAGAUUCAAUUUGCAAGUUAUAUUAUGGGGAAUGCAACAUAUCUACGGAGCAUGAAUGUCUGCAUUGACAGUGAAUCUCAUUUUACUUUUGGAGAAAAACUUCAUAUGGAAAGAGAAUUAUCCUCGUGCAUGAAGAGCUCAGAUAUUUGUACACUUUCAUUUAAAUAUUCAUCUUGAUUUGAUCAAGCCCCUUGUGAAAGACAAGUCAGAGAAAGUAGCAGCUGGUGUUGAUGAUGGUUUUGUUUCAGAACUCAAGCCUCUAUCAAAAGAAGCUGUUGAAAUACAAAUGAAAGACCUUCAGUUCCUUCAACAAAAUAGUGAGACUUAACAAUGUGGUGAAGCCUGUGAUUUCCACUUUACAAUAUGACAUUAUAUUUCAGAAACUAAGUUGAUUUAGCCUUUUGGUUUACUCACAGAAAAAUUGACAGUCAUCAUACAUCGCAUUCUCUUAUUUUUCAGAUCCAUAUUGAAUGUUGGGGUCAUGACUUUUUGAAAACAAAGAAAUUUCAUGUAGUUACUGUCAGCAGAAUAGAUGCUGAAAGUAGCAGUAAAUCAUGUUUGUAAAGGGUAUUUUGUUUUUUAA